AUGAGCAGACGGAAAAAUCCACAUCCGAAAAGAGCGGUGAACGCGAGGACGGUUUUGAAGGGAGAGAAAGAAGAACCUUUGGUGUUGUGUUCGAAGAUUCCUGACGAGGAUGAUGAUUUCGAGGGAAAUCAUCAUCAGAUACAAAAAGAAGAAGAAGAAGACGACGACGUAGAGCAAUUGCGGAGGAUUAUGUGCGUGCCGCGUGACGAUGUCGUGACGGAGCAAAAUCAGAUGCGAAAAGAAGAGGAAACUACUUUUAUUGCUAAAGGAGUGAAGAGAAAGAGAGGGCACGAGUGCGAUGUUUGCGAGAAGGUGUUUGGAAGUCAGGCCGAUUUGGCCAGACACAUGCGUACGCACACGAACGAGAAACCGUACGAAUGUGAUGUGUGCGAGAAGAGUUUUACGCAAGCUAGUAAUUUGAAAAGGCACAAGCGUAUUCACAUGAACGAGAAACCGUAUGAAUGUGACGUGUGCGAGAAGCGUUUUCGUGAUUCUGGUGAUUUGAAAGUCCACAUGCGUAUUCACACGAAGGAGAAACCGUACGAGUGUGAUGUUUGUGAUAAAGCUUUUCGUCAAUCUGGUCAUUUGCAAAGCCACAUGCGUAUUCACACGAACGAGAGGCCGUACGAAUGUGAUGUGUGCGAGAAGUGCUUUCGUGAUUCUAGUAAUUUGAAAAAGCAUAUGCGCAUUCACACGAACGAGAAACCGUACGAGUGUGAUGUUUGCGAUAAAGCUUUUCGUUAUUCUCAACAUUUGAAAAGACACAAGCGUACUCAUUGUGCCUUGUGA